AUGUCGAAUGCUGAUACCAGAAAACCUGAGCCACAGAGAGCUCUGAAAUACACUUACGAUGCGUACAAAGAGAAAUGGACUAGUCAAGAAUGCGUCGUCAUGGUAGCCCGUAAACCAUUCCAAGAGGGAGGAAUGAGAUGGUGCUACAAAAUGUAUGAGAUCGACAAAGACGGCAAGUACGCCCCGGGUGUCGCCAAAGUCUUCAAGGAUGAUGCCCUUGACGACGAAGAUGAAGAGGAAAUUGCAAAAAUCUACUUUGAUGAAGCCAUGACACAGACAGUGGCGGACAGCUUUGCAAAGCAGUUCGAUCUUGCCCUUGGAGAGGAGAAUGAGCAGUAUCAUUGUCGCUUCUUGCCAGUGAAAGUUCUUCACCUCGUUGGCAAGGGAGUGAAGGAUGCUUUGUGCAAUGUUGAGCCUUAUCUGCAGGGCGAAUAUGUUAAGCACAAUGACAACGAUGGUCAUGUCGAAACAGAGUACGAGGUGCCCCAGGCGUUCAGUCAUUUCACCUGGGAGUACUCGAAUCAGCUCAUCCUCGUUUGCGACAUUCAAGGUGUCGGGCAUUACUUCACCGACCCUCAAAUCCACAGUCAUGACGGGAACAGCUUCGGCAUGGGCAACUUGGGACAGGAGGGCAUUGACAAGUUCUUGACGUCCCACAAGUGUAACUCUAUUUGCAAGUUGAUCGGACUGGCAAAACCUGAGAAGAGGAACGGAAAGUGGUACAUCGGGCAGGGCUCCCGAUGCCACGAGUCAGUUGCCAGCAGGACGCCAGGUGGGACGCAAGCAGGGUUGAAAAACCCCAAGAAGUGGGAUGCCAACAUGUACGAUGGGGCGAUGAAUCAGGCCAUCACCAAGGUGACGAAAAGAAAGGGACAGAAAGAUGCAGAAGAGCCCAACAUUGAGAUGACGCAGCAACAGUUGCAGUACCUUCAAACUAAGCUCCUCAUGCUCAUUCAACAGCAAGGAAGCAUGAAUCAGUUGCUCCUUUCCCCCCAGCGGAACGCAAGAAGACCUCCUCCCAAGAGGGAUGGCUCACAACAGAAGCUUCAGUCUGACAUUGAACCCGAUUCCGGUCGUAGUCGCAGUCCUUACCGUGCCGCAAGCCCCUCCAAUGACCGACGAAUGAGCCCGGGAAGGCCCCAGAGCCCGGGGCGAGCACAGAGCCCGGGACGAGCACAGAGCCCGGGGCGAGCACAGAGCCCGGGGCGAGCACAGAGCCCGGGGCGAGCCAGUGCCAAAAGAGACAAAACUCGUUCAACUGGCAAGAUCUCGUCGAGCUAUGACCUUCCCGACGCUGAGGCAUAUCAGAUGGCGUCGCCAUCUGGACCGCGCGCAGUGUCUCCUGUCGGGUUGCGAGCUGCUUCCCCGAUGGGCCGAAAGUCGCAGAGUGACGUCAUCAAGUAUCAGGAGCAGAUGCCGCACCUGAAGCGCGCUCCAUCGAAUGAGUUCUGCUGGAGUGCAAACAUGGGCGAACUUCGUCGCCAGGGCUCCAGCAGUGCUGUGCUCGAGGCGCAGUCAGCCAUGCAGGAGAUGCAGAUUAGAACGAGUGGAGGGAAGGAGCAUCUCAAGCUCUCCUCCCUCAUCGAGAACGAGAGCAACGAGGAAGAGCAUGUUGUCUGCAAGUACUGCAACGUCUCUGGCAGUGUCACGUUCGUCCAGAGCAAAGGGGCCCACCACGACAAGACUUGCCCUCGAUCAGUAGACGAGCAAGAGAAAGUUGAGAAGCCUAGGAGGCAGUCUGCCUUCCACAUUCAGAUGACAGAGCUCCAGGCUCAGCUGCAGGCGCAGACAGAAAGGAUCAAGGGGUUGGAUCCCAGCAUUCUUGCCAAGAGGAAGUCGGAAAGCUUUGUCGAGGCGUCACCUAACUACGACAGGCUGUAA